GGCAGCCCGUCGUCGUGGUCGUGGUGUCGUCGUGGUGUCGUCGUCGUGUCGUCGUGUCGUCGUGGUGUCGUCGUGGUCGUGGCAAGUCGCGCGCGAGCGGCCGCUCUCUUCGAACGACCACUGCGAGCGGGCCGAGCGGGCCGAGCGGGCCAAGCAGCCGACAAGGGACACGAGACCGAGCGACGGCGCCGGCGACGUCGAAUGCAGAGUCGCGCGUGAUAUUAUGAGUGCCUCCGGCGGACCGCGAAUCCUUUGCCUCCUUGUCGCCAGCUCGAACUGAACGAGAAAAGGAAAACAAGCGAAAACGAGGGCAGCGACGUAGCCGCGAAGCAUGUCGUUGCACUAUUACGGGCCAGCUGGUGGUGGUGCUAGUGCUGGAGGCGGGGGCGGCGGUGGUGCUGGUGCUUAUCGUUAUCGCUCGGCCACGAGGAUGCACCCCGAGGCCAUGGGCUCCGACAGCGAUGUCAAUGAGCUCAGUGACCUCGAGAACGACGAGGAGGCCGACGAGGAGGACGACGAGGACAAUGAGGACGACGAAGACGACGAGGACGACGACGAGGACGAGGAUGACGACGAGGACGACGAGGACGACGAGCCCGAACUGCCCUACCCGGGCUUUAUUCCCGUGGCACUGCGUUAUCUCGAACAGACCACCAGGCCGCGCAACUGGUGUCUCGCGCUCAUCACCAAUCCAUAUCCUUUUUCAAUAUCUUUUCUCUCGCUCUCGCUCUCUAUUUUUUCUGUCUUACGGCUCUUCCUUUAC